AUCCUAUGCUUUUGAGAGUCUCUGACUGAGUGAGGAUCAGAGAGGGAGUGGAGUUUCUCUUUUUGGGUUGUUCUCUUGCUGCCAAUUCAGCUUAGAGAGAAAGAUCAAGGAGCAUGAAGCCCAUCAAGGCGCUUUGCUUUCUUGAUUUCUAAAGAUAAUAUCACCCAAGAGCUUGGAAUGAGAAAGAUAGUUAGGCCUUGUAUUUAGAGAGAGAGACGUAUGUUUGCCUGUUGAGCAUAUAGAGAGAAAGGUAAGUAGAAUGAAUAGACUGGUGUGCUUCCUCUUUGGUCUGCUUCUUGGCUUACCUUCUCACUUCAUGGAAGUGGAGGGAGAUGCCCUCUCCCCGGCCAUGUUCAUUUUCGGUGACUCUCUUGUCGACGACGGCAACAACAAUCACAUUCCUACGGUCGCAAGGGCGGACUAUGCGCCGUAUGGCGUCGACUUUGGGUACCCGAACGGCCGAUUCACUAACGGCCUCACCGUGGUCGAUUAUGGAGCCAAAUUAUUAGGGCUACCCCUUAUACCCGCAUACUUAAGCCCUCUGUCAAAAGGCCCUGCCAUACUCAAGGGUCUCAAUUAUGCAUCAGCAGCAGCUGGCAUCCUAGACCAAACAGGAAGACAUUUUGGCUCACGCAUUUCUCUUAACCAACAAUUGAACCUUUUCGAGAAGACUGUAAAGGUGGAUUUACCUGUACUGCUUGAAAGUGCAGAAACCCUAUCUUUGUAUUUGUCCGAAAGCAUUUUUGUAGUGGGGAUUGCAGGAAACGACUACAUAAACAACUAUCUUCUUCCCUUAUUGUAUGACAGCAGCCGUGUAUAUUCUCCUGAUGCAUUUGCUGACCUCCUCAUCAAUACCUACUCCCAACAAUUAAGGAGGUUGUAUGGUUUAGGUGCAAGGAAAAUGGUGGUAGUGGGAGUUGGGCCACUAGGAUGCUUACCCAGCCAAAUAUUCAUGGUUAACAACAAUGGGAGCUGUGUUGAUAACGUCAAUGACUUGGUGUUAGGGUUUAACGAUCGAUUGUUCGACCUCAUCGACACCCUCAAUUCUACUCUGCCGGAAUCCUUCUUUAUUUAUCAAAAUGCGUAUUCAAUCACAUUGGACAUUGUGACCAACCCUUCAAGCUAUGGAUUCACAUACGGAAACACAGCUUGCUGUGGACUGGGGAGAUAUGGAGGAUACUUGAGAUGCCUUCCCCUCCAGCCACCAUGUAACAACAGGGACCAAUAUGUCUUCUUUGAUGCUUUUCACCCAACGAGUGCUGUUAAUUCUAUCAUAGCAGAGAGAUGUUAUGGGGAAUCACCGACAGAUGACUGCUAUCCAAUUGGCGUUCGUGAGCUAGCACAACUAUAGAGGAACUGUACAAAACCUAAAAUAAGAGAAAAAGAAAGAACACUAUUGUCUACCUGCUGUACUUUUCUUUCUUUUCUCUCUUUGAGUCGAAUCUGCUCCUUCUCUCACAUCUUCUUAUUUCUAUUUCUCUUCUUUAAUCUGAUGGGUUCAAAUAAGAAUCGACCUCGUAUUGUCCUCUUCCAUUCUAGAAAUUGUAUUAUUAGAUCACUAUUAUGUAUCGAAAUGUCAUCCAUAUACUCUUCAUCAA